AUGCCGUCCCGCCGUUCUUCGACCGACUCGCUCUCGUCGGAGCUCUCGCGGCGCGACAUCCCCUCGUCCCUCCCUCGCGACGUCCUCGCCUUCCUCCUCCACUACCCUCACCUCUCCUCGUCAUCGUCGCCGACCAAGGCCAAGGACGCCAACCUGCGCUUCUACCGCAACGAGCAGGCGGCCCGCCCGAGACGCAGCAGGUGCGACGAGCUCCACGACGAGCUCAGGGGCCAGUGGGCGGAGCUCGAGAGCCGCCACGACUUUGUCCAGUGGCUCUUUCCGAUCAUGGAGCAAGGCGUCAACUGGGAGGCUGAGCCGCUCGAGUUGCACGAGGUUGAGGCGAUCAAGGCCGACCCGACAGCGAUGGCGCGCCUCCUCGAGUCCUACCGCAUCAUGCUCGCCUUCUACGGCCUGCGCCUCGUCGACCCGGGCACGGGCGAGCUCGCGCUCGCCGACGAGACGCCCGCCCCGCACCCGGCCAGCUUUCUGCAGCGCUUCGCCAACCUCGAGCGCCACGGGCACAACUUUCUGCGCGUCACGAGGAUCCUCAAGUGCCUGGGCGAGUUCGGCCUCGUGCAACACCCUCCCUCGCUCCUCCUCUUCAUCCUCCACCUCCAGUCGCGCUCGUCGGCCGCGCUCGGCGGACCUUUCCUCACCUCGCCGUCGCUCGUGCGCUCGUUCGACGGCUACUGGCGCCACUGCGUGCGCGACGACGCGGACCGCGCGUUUGUCAGGCGCAAGGGCGACGAGGUGCGCGAGGGCGGAGAGUGGACGGGCGAGGAGUACCGCGAGUGGGUGACGAGGAGGGCGGGCGAGCGCGAGAAACCUUAA